UCCAGAUACGUAAUACAUGUUCGUGAAUCGCAAGACCAUACGCACAACGUGCAUGGUACGCCAUUCCGCUGAGCACAAACCCAGCACACAACUACAUUCACUGGCGAGAAACUGCUUUUAAUAUAUACACGCUGCCAUGGCAGCUGCAUUCCCCUACAGAGGUGUGCCUGUAACAAUGCCUCCAGGUGUUCCUCCACCUCCUCCUGCUGUUGCUCCAGUACCAGAUUACAUGACUGAGGAGAAACUGCAAGAGAAAGCUCGGAAAUGGCAGCAGCUUCAGGCCAAACGCUACUCGGAGAAGAGGAAAUUUGGCUUUGUGGAUGCUCAGAAAGAGGACAUGCCACCUGAGCAUGUGCGCAAAAUCAUCAGGGAUCAUGGUGACAUGACGAACAGAAAAUUUCGGCAUGACAAGAGGGUCUACCUUGGAGCCUUGAAAUAUAUGCCCCAUGCAGUGCUCAAACUGCUGGAGAAUAUGCCCAUGCCCUGGGAGCAGAUCAGAGAUGUUCCUGUGCUCUACCACAUUACUGGUGCCAUUUCCUUUGUAAAUGAAAUCCCAUGGGUGAUUGAGCCGGUGUACAUUUCUCAGUGGGGGUAG